AUAUGUGCAUCUGCUGUUCAACAUCACAGUUCAGGUUGUUGUUGGUACGCCACUGGAGAUGGUGCAUGGGCCAUUCCGGAUAGCUUUAGUCUACAUGGCUGGGAUCUUGGCAGGUUCACUUGGUACAUCAGUGUUUGACAUGGAUGCAUUCCUGGUUGGAUCGUCUGGUGGGGUCUACGCUCUGCUGGCAGCACACUUAGCUAAUGUAUUGUUGAAUUACUCUCACAUGGAAUUAGGGAUACUCAAGCUAGCUGCAGUUUUUAUCAUUGCAAGCGCUGAUGUUGGUUUUGCUAUCUGGAAUCGUUACACCCACAAAGAAACAACACCUCCCAUUGGUUACACUGCUCACCUGACUGGAGCUCUGGCAGGUCUGACUGUGGGACUGGCUGUGCUCAAGAACUUUCAGCAGAAGCUACACCAGCAGUACAUGUGCUGGGUGGCCAUGGCUGUUUAUUUGGGCUGUGUGGGCUUUGCUGUCUUCUGGAAUGUGUUCUACUACUAA